AAAACAUCUGACAAUGAGCUUAGCAAAAAUUUCAAUAUCGAACGAUCAAACGAUAUCAUUGAAUCUGCGCGAAGUUCAAAGAAGUUAAGAAGUUAAAAAUGUCUGUGCAAAGUCAGAAAUGUCAUCUUAUUUUUAAUGUGUAUUAGCAGUUAGAAUUAUCAGUAUUUCUCUUCUUUUUUAUCUUUACACUAUAACUAAUAUUUUAGCCUAAAGAUUUUUGUGAAUGUUUCUCGAGCAAGCAAAUCGUAGAACAAAGUUAACUUUGUCUCGAUAUUUAUUUAAUAACCUAUUUUUCGAUUAAUUAUCUGUUCGUGUGUGAUAAAAUCAUUACUAUUUUUUCACGUGGCAUGAGUGACGAUUGCGAAACUGCAAUAGCUGAAACGGGUAAGAAACGAAAUCUGACAAAAUUAUAUACAUUCUUUGAAGAAAAAAUAUUUAUCAUUAUUAUAUUAUAACAAAAAUAUAUGUUAUAAACAACAUAUCGAUAAUUAAUGAUAAUUAAUAUAUUAAUUUCGAAUAGUUUUAAAAGAGCUACGUUUACUUAAUUUAUGAAAAUAUCUAUAAAUACGAUUAUGUAUUAAAUUUAAUACAGGAUGGGGUGUUUGGCAUUAUUUCGUCGUCGCAUUAUGCGGCUUGGUAUCGUUUGCAGAAGCAAGCACUUCUCUGACUGUACCGAUCGUGGCACCGCUAAUAGAGUGUGAUCUAAAGCUUACUAAAGAUCAGGCCACCAUGCCUGUCGCUACCUCCAGUUUCGGUAUAUAUUUAACUAACAAAAAUUAUCUUACUGAACAUUGAAAUAUUAAUUACUAAUUCAAUUAUAAAUAAUUCUAUUAAAUUUUAUAUUCUUGUACAGCUACACUAUACAGAAUGAGAAAUAUAUCGUAAUAUUUUGCGUGUAUGCAGAAUUUAUAUAUCUUACAAAGAUAUUCACAAAUGUACAUUAAAGCGUAUAUAUUAGUUUGUUAUAUGCAAUGCAUUAUUUUAAUUUAUCACGCAUUUAUCGUCUAGGGAUGGCAGUAGGUGCUUUUCUGUUUGGAUCUAUAUCGGAUCUUGUUGGUCGUAAAAAAUCAAUCUCGAUUACCAUAGGCAUCGUGUUUUGCGCCUCGACUAUGCUAGCCUUCGCGCAAACUAAUUUUUUGAUACACUUAUCAGUAUUCAUAUUGGGAAUAGGAGUGGCCGCUAACAAUAUUGUCCUCAGAGUAUACCUGAUAGAAUGCCUACCGAUGAGAAAGAGAGGAACUUGCUUAGCAAUAAUCGACAUGUUCUGGAUAGUCGGCUACCUAUCAGCUUUAGGCAUCUCCUGGUCCUUGAUGCCGUCCGUUAUACGCAUGCUAGGCAAGCAAUUCCGUACGAGUUCCUGGCGAGUCCUCGCCGCUCUCUGCGGUGUACCGAGCUUGAUGAUCGCUUGCUCCUCGGGUCUCCUACCGCUGAGUCCUCGACACUUGCUGUACCGUCGACGCCCGACACAAGCGCUCGUGGUGCUCCGACAGAUGUACGCCAUCAAUAAUUCGAAACACGCCGAUACCUACCCGAUCAGGGAUCUAGAAGGCUGCGUACGACCAGACGACGACACCGAAGAUGACAGUAGAUUUUCAAAGUACUUUACGAAAACCUGGGAACGCAUUCACAGAAUACACAAGCCUCCGUAUAGGUGCGUGACACUGUGCGGGAUACUAGCGUGUCUUCUACACUUUCCCGGAUUCGCUUGGCUCGCUCUGUGGAAUACGCACGUGCUCCAGGAAAUGGAAAGAGACCAUGUCGUGAGUGGAAACGACACGUGUAACGUCCAUGUCCAGAACCUGGCAUUAGGUUUUUUGCGAAGCUGCGACGAAGUGAACGAGACUCGUUUCGAGCUGCUGUUGCUGGUAUCGCUGGGCUACUUGCUGGGAGAAUUGUUGCUCGUUAUCGGAAUUGAUGUCAUUGGCAGAAGACCGUAUUUAAUAUCUUCGGGACUGGUGGGUAGCGUGGUUUCGCUCAUACUUAUUUUCCAACUAUACCACACAAUUCGUGUAAUUCUAUCGUCGAUUUUCCUGGCUGCUUACGCUAUCGGCCGUACAACGACGUGCGUUUUGCUGCUGGAGAAUUAUCCCACUGCUCUGAGAGGCACGGCGAUGGGUCUGAUGAGAGUGCUUCCACAUUUGGCGCUUUUCGCGACGCAACUCUUCCUAAGGACGACUUGCCUGCUAAGUAUAAUCGCCGCGUCUGUUAUUUUAAUAGGUGCGACCGUGAUAAUGCUACCAGUGCCGGAUUUAACCAGGUUACCAAUGAAGGAAUAAGUUAAACUUCCGGAGACAUAUAUAUGACGAUUUAUUUCCACGCGAUUGUAUUUUUCAGGAAUAAAAUUUUAUUUUAAG